AUGAAGCUGUCAUGGACUGAAGUCAGUGCUGGAACAACAAGCUCGUACAAUGGGGCUGCUCUUAGCACCCAUCAAUCAAGAUCAGCGGCUCCUAUGCUGACCAAUGCACCAGCUCAAAGACGUGAAGUGAAUGAGAAUCAAGCCCCAGCAAGUGACAGGAGCUCACACACUGAUGAGUAUUCUAUCGACAUGCUUGAAUCACCAGCAUCUACCGAGUACAGCUUUAGCUCGGAAAGUGACGACUUUUUCCCGUCAACAUGCUGGGACGUUGAUUCCUAUCGGAGUGCAAGCAGUACAUUCCUAUCAACGACAUCUUCAAAUGUAUUUGGCUCGAAUCAUGGUCGAAACAGUGGCGUAUGGAAACAGGUAUACGGACCUGACAAUACGCCUCCUCUUGGCUUAGGACAAUCGCCAUUGUCUUCAGGUGCUCUCUUUGUGCGAGACAUUGAUCCGGACGCUAUAAGGCGGACACGUCUUGAUACUCGCGUCUAUGGUGCUCGAUCAACCAACCGAAUGCGUCUUGACAUUGAGUUAUAA